GUAAUUUUACAUCACUCUUUUGUUACGCUCGUAAAAACGACACCUUUCGCUGUUUUUGCUGUUCCCAGACUUGGAUAGGUCCUUUCAACCGAACGAUUAAAAAUAUCUUUAUGGAUUUGGUUCAUUUGGGGAGCCCAAGACACACAGCUGCAUGUGGUGAGUAGAGAAUUAAGCAAUUUUUCUCCUUCGUUUGUACAAACAUUACUUAUGGUACCAUUUCAUAUUUCAGCGAUGUUGGCGUUUCGUGGUUUAUGAUUAUGCUAUUGAUUUAAAGAAACUAUAGUAAACAUAGUCAGAAUCAAAUUUACAUCCGACAGCAAAUGCUUUUUAAGCAAACUUAUCAAUCAUACUUGAAUAAAGAAUGAAAUUUACUUACAGAAGAUUUUAGGUGUGGUAUUAUCCUUUUCAAGUGCUAGUGGUUGGACAGUGGACAAACAGUUUUUCACUUUUUGCUAUGUGCUUCGGAUUAGUCGUACCGCUAAAGAGGCGUUACGGAACGUUUCCCCUUUGUCUGGCUUUAGUUUGAACGUAAUUUGAUUUGAUUGAAAUUGUUUAUUACUUUUCUGAGUCAUAUAUUUCAGAAAUGCAUUUGCAAAUUAGUGAAAUAUUUAUUUAAUUUUUUUUAAAAAGUAUCUUUAUAUUUUAAAAGACAAAUUGAUGCGGGUAGAGACCAUCUCCUAUUCAAACACUAUGACAGCUCUGUCUAGAGCGUCAGCGCGGGUAAACAACAUGAGUUAAUGUCAAACUUGGACAUUUCUACAAAGAGAUCUUUUGCUAAGUGUAUGGAAGCGUUUUUGAUUGUUUAUUCAAUAUUUUUCUCCCUUUUCGUAUAAGUUGUUCUUUUUAUUUCGGUGUUAACUACUCAUAGUAUCUGUCAUCUACGUACGGCGGUAUACUAAAGCACAAAAAAAACUGACCCGGACACUGCAUCGAUGUUUGACUAUAGCGCGACUCGGUGCAUACAAGCCAUAGUGCGUCGUUGUUAAGUGAAUGAUCCAGCAACGGUGCAGGCAGUGAACGAUUCCGAUCACGGAUAUUGGUGCAUUACGCCGUUGACCCUGAGAAGCCGAGAAACCUUGGUUGGUUAUUGUAUCCUUGAGGACAAGUAUAAAGGUGUGCAUCUGUCGACGAAACAGCAAGCAAAUGUACUCUCCAGUCAUGUCAAAGCCCUGCUGUAAAAAUCCCAAAAAUCUAUUCUGCUUCGUAUGUGGUCUCUACAUACUGUCGCACCAUAAGCGUUCGAUCAUGACGCGCCCUCUGCUGGAAGCGUACGAGGCACACUUUAAGGUGCGAACUAGCAAGGAAAACUAUUUACAAGGGCCACCCUCCGUCUGCAACAUCUGCAACAAUGCACUGUUGCGUUGGAAGAACGGCAUGUGUCCGAAACCGGAGCUGCCGUUCGCUAUACCGAUGCUUUGGAGCGCACCUAGUGAUCACGAAACGGAUUGCUACUUUUGCUUGACGCGUACAGCUCCAUUGACCGAUAAGAAUAAUGCUAGAUUAGUACAGGCGCCUGUCCCAGUCGAGUAUCCUGUGCUAAGAUCCGCCGUACGGCCCAAACUCUUUGCAGCUCGGCCAAUAGUUGCAUCUCAACCACCACAGAGCCGUGCGCCGGUAACAGUAGUUAAAGAAAAGGAUGACAGUUCAGUGAAUCUUAUGCGCACAUACCCCGGACAGAUCAAAAUAAGGGAGCCAGCCAAUGUAAUGCAGGUAGUACGACGUAGCCUUCCGGUACAGAACAUUGUUUCCAAUGUGCAGACGAAUCCAACCGUCGUCAGUACGAGUACGCUCAAGCGUAAAGUCGAUCCAGGCGUUUGUCUUACGUACGGCUUAACGAAGGUUCGGCUCCGUAAUUCCGAACCAACGAUUGUGCUGGAAAAGUGCAAAAAGCUGCUCCCAUCCAACCCGUCAGCGAUUAUAAGCCGUCCAGCGACAUCCAGCAACCUGAACGCCCCCAGAAUAUUGAACGUGUUCUCGCUGAACAAAGAUGCAGCGAAUUGCGAAACAAGUCCGCCGAAUUCACCGGUGGAGGAUCCGCCACAUCCGGCAAUCAAAAUCGAAGUUGUUGAGGAUGAAGAAGAGCCGAUCCCUAACAAAUUAAUGAAAAUACAAUCCAUCGAUGGUGAACUUGGUAAAGCUGAAACAAAGCAACAAGAAAAAGAACCAACGAUAACACAACCAGCGGUUACAAAGCAAAUUACGGCAUUGAAAGUAAUAAAGAUAGAACCACGAACUUCAUCUCCUACGGAACAUAAACUUCUACCAAUACGCCCUGUUCGCUGCUAUAACGCGAAAGAUCUAUCAUCCGCUAGCAAAGGUGAGCAAAUGACGAUCAAAAUCACACCGUCCAUGAUCGCCAAACAGUCCGCAGAUAUCGCUGCUUCACUAAAAGCAGCAACUGUUGCUACAACGCAACCGAACAAUGCAACACUAGAGCAGCAACAGAAAACUCCAAAGGUAACGCCCGCGAAAUAUUGUUUCAUUAACAUGAAAGAUCUUCCAUCCUCCUCUGCUAGUAGCAAUGAGAAGACCAUUAAAAUUAUAACGCCCGUGAUCGCUCAACAACUGGCCGAUACUGACCAAACGUCGUUGAACGUAACGCCUGCUGCUGCUGCUGCUGCUGCUACCGUUUCUCCCGGCAGCAAAGUAACGCUCGAGCAAGACGAUACACCGCAUAGAAUCACACAAUCGGAGCUGAUAUUGUUGCUUCGCGAACUGGAGCUGCCGAAGGAAAAGUCGGCCAUUUUGAUCGAUCGCUUGAAGCGGUGGAACCUGUUAGCGAUCGAGAUGGUAGGCACGAAUCGUGUAAGAUCACUUGAGUCAACGCCACCACAGCAGCCAAUACCCGGCACUCCAGUAUCGCCAGCAUCAUCAUCAUCAUCAUCAUCCACGCCACCACCAACGCCACUGGCACAAGACCAACAGUCGGCAGAAGGCGUGAAUGCAUUGACCAAUAUGAAGGACAUUCAAAUUCGCAAUACCCGAGCGGCAAACAGGCAAUCCGCUCCACCGAUCAUAAUCAGCAGUGUCGCUAACCGCACGAAAGUGUCCACCGUAAGCAAACCAGACCCGCCCGCACUGGUUGUGGCGAAGAGUGAAUCAACAUCGCAACAACGACGUCACACUACGGUAGCUGUGGCGGGAAAGGAAACUGCUACCCUGCCGCAAAGGGGAAGCAUCACGACUCGCAGCGCAGCGAAUGCAAUGGUAAAGCGGAACGUUACCAUCCCGAAGGUAAAAUGAAACGAAGCCUAAACGCGUUAAUUCAUCGCGAUAGGAUUGUUUUGGUGUAAUCGUGGAAAUGCACUACUCCUCAGAUCUACCAUCUACAGGGUAGGAAGAAUUUCGAAUGUAGCUGUAAACUGUCCAGAGCAUUCUUUGCAUAAGGAGAGUAUAGGUUUAUGUCGGUUACGUUAACACAGCUAGUAACGAAAAUCGAACAACGUCUGUUCAAGAUAGAAACACAUUUUGAUUCGUUUUUAGUUGCUCGUAAAAGCCAACCACUUAGUACAGAAAACAGGCAAAAUAUCUUCCAUCGUAUCGUACACCAAUCCCAAGGAUAGGAGAACAGGCACGGUGCAGAAAAAGUGUCCUUAAGUGUAAGCGUUUAUUUCGGACGAAUCGUUACUGCACAAGAUUUCCGAUGGUCGGUUAGACUAAUUUUAUCAACUGGCGCUUGAUUUUAAAUUGAUUAUGGCCGUAACAUUUUUAGAGCACACGAAAGCCAUUAACGACAAGAAUAAUUAUAAUUCAACAGUAAAGCUGUACGAGGGUCGGUUGCAAUUGCAGGAUCGGUAAUCUCUAUUGAACCGUGCCACCAAUACGCAAAAUGCGACUAUUGGGCUAAGGAUGGCCACAGAUAGUUAACCGUUGCGCAUGGUAUACCAUGAUGGCCAAAUAUGAAGCAUAUCGGCAACCAAUUUUCCUAAAGGUUAAUGAAAGCUUCUAUACCCAUAUAAACACACAUAAAACACACAGCAAGGUAUUCCGGCUAUGUGUGUGUAGUCUGUAAGUCAGUUAAGUAGGCACACGAUCCUGAAAGGGAUCACAACUUUCUAGCCAGGAGGUGUCAGAAAAGCAGAGAAACUGUAUUCUGGUAAAAAGUGUAAAGUUAAUAAAUAAAAUGCAAACUUUGUUCAAUACA